AUGGCUCUAACGAAGCUUUCUCAGCUUGCUUUGCUACUCUCUGGAUUUGUUACAGUAAGAGGGCAACAGAACGCGCUGUUUAAUCAGGUUAUCAACAUCAAUGGCGAUAUGCAACCCAACACUCUUUUGUUCCCUGAUGGCACGAAGAUCGAAACGUUCUCCCAGUCACAGCACCAGAUCAUUGUCAACCAAAACCCUAACCCGCUGUCGGCAAGCCACGUCGUUGGCUCGACGGGUCAGCCCUUCGUUCAGCUCUCGCGCAACUCUCUAUCCAUCCAGACGAAUGGAGCCAUCGACCUGGUAGGCGCUCAAAUCGAGCUGCCCAUUGACCAGGCUAUGCUCUCGCAGGCUGGCGUAACCGCUGAUAACACCUUUGUCGCAAAGUUGUCGAAAGACCGCCAAGCCUGGAUCAUAAUGGAGGGGCUCAAAAGCGUCAAUAUCACUGAUGCGAAUGUCCGUAUGGUCAAGCUGAAUCAAAUUGACGGAGAGUUCGUGGCCGUGGGCCGCCAAACCAGCGAGCUUGGCGCUUCUCUGACUCCCUUCGGUCAGCCCGUGAGCAUUAUUGGAUCCGGUAUCCAAGAGGCGGAGUUCCAGGACGGAUUUCGGAUGUCCAUCAAAGCAAGCCAGCCGAUGAGCAUUCGCACGGAUGUGGUCAAUGGUAUUAGCCCUGAAAUGGUGACCAACGGCGUCAUGUCUAUUAACAACUACCGGUACCUCGUUACCAGCAAUCUUGCCGGUGUUGUUCCCAGCCUCAACAGUAUGACCGCCGUGGUUCAGAUACCGCUCAAUGUCGAGCGACUCAUGGCCAUGGCUUUGCGCGCAGGUGCUCAGCCGCAGUCUUCAAUCACACUGGGCAUCGCUCAACGCCCGGUUCUCCAGAACCCUGGCGGUGCGACUAGUAGAUUGCAGUCUCCUCGCUUCAAGCGUCAAGCGGGCAACAACACGGUUGGCUCGCAGCCUUCAGCAAACGGCCCUGGUAAUACUAGUGGCAACGGCGCAGGAACCGCUAUCGGUAAUUCUCCCGCCGUCGCGCCACCUCCCGCUGGAGGAAACACCCAGCCUCCGGCAACCGGCUCUGGUAAUACUACUGGCAACGGCGCAGGAAUCGCUACUGGUAACGAUCCCGCAGUUGCGCCGUCUCCUGCUGGAGGAAACACUCAACCUCCAUCAAACGUUUCUGGUAAUACUACUGGCAACGGCGCAGGAACCGCUGUUGGUAAUGAUCCCGCCGUUGCGCAGCCUCCCGCUGGAGGAAACACUCAGCCGCCUUCUACCUCUCCUCAGACCGGCCAGAAUCCUCCUUCAAACGCCAGCCCACCAAUCCCUGCGGCGUCACAGCUUCUCCUGGCUCAAACCUUUACUCCAAUCAAUGCCCAGAUUCUCCUAGACAGAGAGAAUUCUCGGAUAGCCGUUCCAAUUAAUCAGAUUGAUGGCGAGUUCAUCCUCACCAUGACGGUUGCCGGAACUCCCGUCGGCGCCCAGCCUAAGCCCGUUCCCCAGCAGGGACAACCUCAACCAGGUCAGCCCCAGCCUGCUCCUCAGCAAGGACAACCUCAACCGGUUCAGCCCCAACCUGCUCCCCAGCAGGGCCAACCUCAGCUAGGUCAGCCUCAGCAAGGCCAGCCUCAGCAAGGUCAGCCUCAGCAAGGCGGUGGUCUCGUAGAGCCUGCCCCGCCUCAAUCAGGUGGCAUCAUCGCUGCACAGCCUAGUCCCGCUCGCGCUAAAACUUCUGGUAAUCAACCGCGUCAAGAGGCAGCGGCCCCGAUUCCCGCAGGAGCCUUCGAGAUGAAGUUGGCCGACCUGAUGACCAUGGUUGAGGCAAGGCGCAACGGAGGCAUGGCGCCUACAUGGGACCUAAUGUCCAAGCUUGCUUCGCAGAACAAGCCAGUGCAGAAGGGGUCCGAGACCCCGAGACGGAAUUCGUUGCUGAUGCGUCGACGUUUGGGCGCGCAUUUCUAG